AUGCUUUCAAAAACCCUCUCAAGAAUAAAAAACCGUUCUAGCUUUGUCGAUAGUGUGAAGGUUCUUUUAUCAAGUGGGAGUGGGGGGGAUGGGGCGAGUAUAAUGGCACAUUUGCAUGGUAAUGAGUUUGCAGGGCCUGGGGGUGGAAACGGUGGAAAUGGUGGAAAUGUUAUGUUGCGCUGCAAUCGCCAUGUUCCCGAUUUAGGCCACAUUCAAUCUUUGGGGAAUCAACUUUCGGCUGAAUCGGGAUGCGGCGGAUACGCCCGUGAGGCUCGCGGGAGAAAAGGAAAGGAUUUGUGGCUUGAUCUUCCCGUAGGGACGAAUAUCAUCGAUGUGGAUACCAAUGACGUGAUGUUUGAUUUGGAUGAGGAUGGCGUUGAGGUGUCAUUGCUCGAAGGGGGCCAGGGCGGGAAAGGUAAUGCCGCCUUUGCCAAUAAGUGGCACCACACACCCAUCGAGUCGACCAGAGGCCUUCCUGGGAAUACUAUGUUAGCGCAAUUCGAGCUGAAGACCCUCGCGGAUUGUGCUCUUAUUGGUUACCCCAAUGCGGGGAAAUCAUCUCUUCUUUCGGCCAUUAGCUUGAGUAAGCCAUCGAUUGCACCUUAUGCCUUUACAACACUCCGUCCUUAUGUAGGACUGAUUUAUGAUCUUUACGGGAAUAUUUGUCGCGUGGCGGAUGUACCUGGUCUGAUUGAGGGCGCUUAUGAAAAUCGUGGACUUGGACAUCAAUUUCUACGUCAUGUGGAGCGCACCAAGACUCUAGCUUUUGUGGUGGAUAUGUCGGAUGUUUACAACCCCAACGUGGGCGAGGAGGCAUCGUUGAAGCCUUGGGACGUCAUCGAGCUACUGCAGUUAGAGUUAGAUUAUUAUCUACCUGGUCUUAGCAGCCGGGCUAUUAUGGUGUUUGCGAAUAAAAUGGAUAUUGCGAAGGAUUCAACCGGCAUGUGUACCCAAAAGAAACUUUCCGAAUUAAAACGGCGGAUAAAGUUACCGGUGUUCCCGGUCUCCGCCAUGUUGGGCCUGAAAUUGGGUAUGCAGGACCCCCAAUGUGGCCUCGAACAUGCCGUGCAGUAUAUGUGCAGUGAGGUAUUUGAUCGGAAAGCCACCGAGCGUGAAAUUUUACAAAGGCGCCAACGAAAUGAACGGCUUCAGCUCGACAAGGUUUUUAAAACCAUGAACAAUGGGUUUUAUUCAAAUGUGGAGGAAAAUCCAGAGUCCUGCCCGAAUGACUAUUCCUGUACUUCUCUUGUCGAUCAACAACUUGAAUUUUUCGGGAAUGGCGGUUUGGGCGAGACUUCUGACGGUUAUCAGCACUCUGUUUCAAAGGGUAAAUUGCAGUCUUACCGCGAUCUGACGAUGAAAGGCAAAUAUUGGUCACUAACGCGAAAUGAGGGUGAGUCCAUUACCGGUGAAAAGUGGAAAUGA